AUGUCCAUGAAAAGCAAAAUUAAAUCAUUCUUUGGUCCUAAUAGGCAGUAUGCUGUUGCUGGAGCAUCUAAUAACCCAUCGAAGUUUGGAUAUAAAAUCUUGAACUGGUACGUGAAGCACGAUUUGUCAGCUAUCCCCAUCAACCCCAAGGAGCAAGAAAUUUUGGGACAACAAGUCGUACCAAAUGUUUCCGAGAUAAUCAAAGCUAUUGAGGAGCACAAGAACUUGAAGAAUUACAAGACUUCUGCAGUUGACGGUUUGAGCAUCUCAUUUUUGACUCCUCCUCCGAUAACUGUGGCAACUUUGAAGGAGAUUUCCAUUGUAGACAAUUACAAGUCCGUCAUCAAGGGAUUGUGGUUCCAACCUGGUAGCUACGACCAAGAAGUCUUGGACUUAGCUGAACAAUUGGGUGAAUUCGAUAAGGUUAUUGAAGAGGAUGAGUGUAUUUUAGUCAGAGGAGAAGAGGGCUUGCUUUCGGCAAAUUUGUAG